UUGUCCUGCACUACAUGUAAUUAUUAUUACUGUUUUAAAUUUCGGUCGUUCAAUUUCAAUCAACCUUAAUCAUAAUUCGAUUUCUGUUUUUAUCUUCGAUGGUGAUCUUCAUUUAUACAAACGUUAUUUAUUGUUACAUUAAUAGUAAACUUCACUCCGUCGUGUUCGUUGCAGCAUUCAAUCAACCGUCAAAGGUGAGUAAAACUCGUCUUUUCCUAUACUUUGAAAAAUAAGAAUGAUUUUAAAUUAAUGAAGAUAGUAGGUAUAUCGCAGUGGCGUGUAUAGGAAUUAAUUUCGGCGGAAGCGGUUGAACCCCUAAAACCCCGCUAUAUAUUAUGUAUUUAUAUAUAUUUAUCGCCACUGCGAUAUCGUGUCGAAUACACAGUGAUCGCGGAUCUAUCGGUAAAUAAGUGCUUCCGCCCUUCCGGCACUAUUAUUACUCUAUGUUCCGGCCCGUCCAGUGUACAAUUCACUCACCCUGAAACGUAUAUGUUUAUUUUUCUGUUUCCGAUGCAUCUUCGUCGUCACGACGACACGACGUUACGCAUAACUUUCUGUUCCCAUCUGAUCACGAUUUCUGUUUCUAUUUCUUAUCUUUAGAUUUUAGUCCGUUGCGUUUGUCGUCCCGUGUUUUCGUCAAAUGUCUCUGAAGGCCAUCCAGAAAAGCAUACAGUCGUAUGGCAACAUUAACAAAAUCACUUCGUCCCUGAAACUCGUGUCGGCUGCCAAACUGGCAAAGACCGAGCGUCUGCUGAAGGACGUACGUCCGUUCGGCCAUGGUACGCUAUCAUUUUACAAACAUUACACACACAUUAACAUGCUCGAUCACAUCGAAAACCAUCUCAUAUUUGCCAUUACGUCUGAUCGAGGUCUAUGUGGUGGCAUACAUACGGCUAUCGUGAAAAAAGUUAAACAAGAGCUAAAUAAGCCUGAUCAAAAACUUGCAAAAGUCGUAUGUGUUGGACAAAAAUCAGAGGAACUGUUAGCUAAAUCGCAUAAAUCUAACAUUUUAUUUACAGUUUUCAAAAUAGGGAAAGAUAAUCCCACAUUUCUGGAGGCUUCAAAAAUAUUCAAUGAAUGUAAUUACGCCGAAUUUAUUGCUUGCCAAAUAUUUUACAAUCGAAUUGUUACUAAAGGCACGUCGAAGGUUGACUGGAUCUCAAUUUAUAACACAGAUUUCCUUCUCACAGUAGCUCAUAUCGCUAGUCUAGAAGAAGUAGAAGAAGAAAAUAUGAGAAGUUACAUUGAAUUUUCUACUGUUUCACUUUUGUUUUUUGCCAUGGUAGAAAACACCUUGUGUGAACAUUCUGCUCGUAUGAUAGCUAUGGAUGCUGCAUCUAAAAAUGUUAAGUCGUUGAGUGAAAAAUUAACCUUGGAGUAUAAUCGCAAAAGACAAUUUAAAAUCACGUCAGAUCUUAUUGAUAUUGUUUCUGGAAGUCAAGUUAUAACUGGAAAAUAGACUACCUAAUUUUAUUGAAAAC